AGCCAGUUUGGUUUCACUGAAAUCACAAAUCAUAACCAGAACAGAGGCUAGCUAACUAGCUAGCUAACGUUAGCGGUUGAAUUCUUUGCUCGACUACUGUACGCUAACUUAGCAAGCUUUAGCUAUAGAUGUUUAGACAAGAAAAUAAGAUUAUUUUGUAGCUAGCUAACGUUAUUGGGUAUUUUCGAAUUGACAAGACUAGAUUCAGAGAGAAGAACAUGAGUAAAGACUCGCAAAUGAGAGCUGCAAUAAACCAGAAGCUGAUUGAAAUGGGCGAACGGGAACGGUUGAAGGAGUUGCUCAGAGCCAAACUUAUUGAAUGUGGGUGGAAGGAUCAGUUGAAAGCACAUUGUAAAGAUGUCAUCAAGGAAAAGGGCUUAGAGCAUGUGACUGUGGAAGACUUGGUGGCAGAAAUCACACCCAAAGGAAGAGCUCUUGUACCUGACAGUGUGAAGAAAGAACUUCUACAGAGAAUAAGAGCUUUUCUCGCUCAGCAUUCCACCCUAUGAAUGGAAGCGUUACCUUCUUCUUUUCUUUAUUUUUGGAUCCAAAUAGUAAUCAAGUACAUUUGUUUUGCCUCAUUUCUGAAAUUAAAGUAAUGUGACAUUUUAUCAUGAUUUAGACCAUUUUUUAAUAUUUUCUUUCAGAGAUAAAAUACUAAGUAGUUGUGAAUUGUUUUAAUGCAUUUUUAACAAUAAACAUUUGGUUACAA